AUGGCCACCUCAGAACUAGCCAGUGCUUCAGCCUCUGCUGGUCCACUGAAGGCUAAAGUCAGCCUGGCACUAUACACCGGAGUCACUAUUGGCCUGACUGGUGUAGAGGCGAAGGAUGAGAACGGGGCUACUGCCACCAACAACACAGCUCCCAGGGUCACAGGGAUCUCCACACCUCUCCACCACAUUAAGACGCACAAGAUGCCAGUCCGUAGUGAAUUGGAGGGGCGUCCUGCUUUAUCCAAGAAGAUGAUUGAGCGGCCUGGUAACGCUUCUGCUAAAGGUCUCUAUGCAGAUGCUGGGACAUAUGCAGACAGUGAUGAUGAGUCCCUAGUUGGAGCAUAUGCUGGUGCAGGCCUGGGCCGUGCCGGUGCAGAGUGGAGCAUUUUUGAAGCUGAGGCCAAAGCGCCCAACGCCACUGCUGGAGCCGGAGCCUCUUUGGAGUCACUUAGUGCCAAAGCCUUCGCCAGAGCAGAGUUGGGCAGUGCUUCAGCCUCUGCUGGUCCACUGAAGGCUAAAGUCGGUCUCUCAGUAGACACCGGUGCCAGCAUUAGCCCGACUCAAAUAGAGGCGAAGGUGCUGGGCACUGGUGUGUCCUUUGGUCGUACAAUGGGCAUUUCCCUGUUUGGCACUGGGUUUGAAUUUAAGUUGUGGUAGAA